UUUUCCUGAUGUAAGCAAAUUAAAUGGAAGCCUCUUACUGGUUAAUGAUCAAAACAAAUACAGAUCUAUGCGGAUUCGCACAUUUUCAUCGUUGUGGAUGCUUGGGAGCGUCAUACUGAUUCUUUACUUGGGCCAUCUUUAUAUUUGUGCAAUGGUAGUUGUCAUCCAAAUAUUCAUGGCAUCCGAGCUGUUCCAUCUGCUUAGAAGAGCUCACGAAGAUAAGCGUCUUCCAGGAUUUAAGUUUAUCAAUUGGCAUUUUUUCUUUACAGCAAUGCUUUAUGUAUAUGGCCGCAUUCUCAGUCAACAGCUCGUCAAUACUGUGACUUCAGAUAAAUUUUUCUAUAAGCUCGUGAGCGGUCUUAUCAAGUAUCAGAUGGUCAUUUGUUAUUUUGCAUACAUUGCUGGAAUGAUGUGGUUCAUUCUUAGUUUGAAGAAGAAGAUGUACAAGUAUCAAUUUGGUCAGUAUGCAUGGACGCAUAUGAUUCUUAUUGUCGUCUUCAUACAGUCCUCUUUCACUGUUGCUAAUAUUUUCGAAGGAAUAUUCUGGUUUCUUCUUCCGGCAUCCCUUAUAGCUGUCAAUGAUGUGGCUGCGUACUUUUGUGGCUUCUUCUUUGGUAAAACACCAUUGAUCAAGCUAUCCCCAAAGAAGACCCGAGAAGGGUUUAUUGGAGCAUCUGUUGCUACCAUAGUGUCCGCAUUUCUGCUUGCAAAUAUUCUCGGCCGUUUUCAAUGGUUGACAUGCCCAAGAAAGGAUCUAUCAACUGGUUGGCUUCAGUGCGAUCCGGGACCACUGUUCAAGCCGGAGUAUUAUACUUUACAUGCAUGGAUUCCUCAGUGGUUCCCAUGGAAGGAAAUCUCGGUCUUGCCCGUCCAGUGGCAUGCUUUAUGCCUAGGUUUAUUUGCAUCAAUUAUAGCACCUUUUGGAGGAUUUUUUGCUAGUGGUUUCAAGAGAGCCUUUAAGAUCAAGGAUUUCGGUGAUAUCAUUCCUGGACAUGGUGGUUUCACAGAUAGAAUGGAUUGCCAGAUGGUUAUGGCCAUAUUUGCCUACAUUUAUCAUCAGUCAUUUAUCAUCCCCCAAACCAACACGGUCGAGAUGAUCUUGGAUCAGAUAGUAAGAAACCUCAGCUUCGAGGAUCAGGAAGUACUCUAUUUGAAGCUAGGCCAGAUAUUCCAAUGAACAGAAAUUUGGUAAUCGUUGAGACAAAUUUUUGGCGGCCGAUCACCAAUUCAUGAAGAGCUUUACCAUACCUCCAACGGCACAACUCCUGGAAAUCUGGUGAAUGCUUACAAAUCUCUUACUUGUGUUUUGCAAUUGCCUUUACCAGAUUUAGGAAAGAAGGGAUGAGACAUAAUUUGUAAAAACAGCAUUUUUUUUUUUCAUUCCUUUUAAUAUCGACCCAUUUUUUGGGGGAUUGAACAUACUAGGAUGUCUCCCAAAAAAAUCACUCAAUUUGAAAAAUGGCAGAGGAAAAUACCAAGGGGAGCUUUUGUACCUUGAAAACUAGUUUAGGAUAUUACAUAUUGUUAUUUGAUUACAGCUCAAAAAUACAAAGAUCAGGUC